UCAGCUGCGGUUAGCGGGGCUCGCUGGUCGGCCGCCCUGGGAGGGAGGAUGCUGCCCGUUAUCUCGAGGGGGAGGAAAGGGCAGGGGAGGGCGAGUCGCGGCCUCGCCAUGACCCCCCUACCCGCUAUAAUUGUCACGGCUAUGACAAGCACGUCUCGAAUAAAGAUGAAGGCGGCAUCGCCGCCACUUUAGCAUCCGUUAGCAUCCCCCCCACGCCCCUCCUCCCGCUAGCAUCCUCCGCUCGAAUCCCCGAACCUAAGGCAACCCAACGCCCGGCGAACCCCGCGCCGCACGUAAGACGCCGAGCGGGCGGCUUCCCAACCGCUCUCCGUUGCCCGGCAGACAUUGAUUUGCUCGCCUUGGCAAGAACAUGGAAGUGCGCCUAGCGGAUGUUGUUAUGUAACAAAUAAAUGGCACCACACACGCCCUUGAAACAAAAGCUCUGGUUCCAUUUGUUUGUUUGCUUGGACGUGUGAUGGACGCGCAGCACCGGGGCCGGUGGAUUAGAACCAUCCUGCUUGGGUGGAGGGGGUCCGUCCGUGGGGUCGCGACUCAGGAAGCGGCUGCUUGGCCAUUGUGUCGGGUUUGUUGUCUACCACUGGAGGAUCACGAAGCGGCAUUAGAUGCAGAGCACAUUUUGGUAGAUUGAUCCUGUAGUGUCGUGAUAAUUAGACACUACCCCUUAUUUAUUCCGCUAAAGCAAAUGAGACCAGGUUCUUGUUGGCAAUGUUGACCCGGCUGCAGAAUAAGCAAGCAAAAAUAAAAGUGGCCACGUCACAAGAGUUCCCUGAUAAAACCAGUCCGUAUGUGGAAUGGUUACUCGGACCUAACGCACUAAGAAUUUUUGAAAUGCCUUGCAUGUAGAGGAGCACGCCCAGAAAGAUGAAUCCAAAGGUGGAGGAGAAAAGAGAAAAAUGUGGAAGACACAUGGGAAGGAGAGAGCAACGGAGGAGACCGGAAGCUGACUCACCAGGCCAGCGUCUGAGCACAGAAGAAGAGGAGUGGAACAGGAGAAAAGGAAGGAAGGAAACGAGGAGGCAGGAGAGAGAGAGAGAAGGUGACGAGAAGGCGGCGAGGACGGGCCCUCAACCUGGGAGAAUCGGUGACGAAGAGGAGGCGCGCCACAAUGAGCGACCAGAACGUUGUCAAAGAAGGAUGGGUACAAAAAAGAGGCGAGUACAUCAAGAACUGGCGUCCUCGCUACUUCCUGCUGAAGACUGACGGCUCCUUCAUCGGCUACAAAGACAAACCGCAGGAUUCGGACCUGGCUUACCCGCUCAACAACUUCUCAGUAGCAAAAUGUCAGCUCAUGAAGACGGAGCGUCCCAAACCCAACACCUUCAUCAUCCGCUGUCUGCAGUGGACCACCGUCAUCGAGAGGACUUUCCACGUGGACACGCCGGACGAAAGGGACGAGUGGGCGGAGGCCAUCCAGAUGGUGGCCGAGUCGCUGGCCAAGCAGGAGGAGGAGGGCAUCCUGUGCAGCCCCACCUCACAAAUUGAGAACGUCAACGAGGAGGAGAUGGACACCUCCAUCAGCCACUACAAACGGAAGACAAUGAAUGACUUUGACUAUCUAAAGCUUCUGGGCAAGGGAACUUUUGGCAAAGUCAUCCUGGUGCGCGAGAAGGCCAGCGGAACUUACUAUGCCAUGAAGAUCCUCAAGAAGGAAGUCAUCAUUGCCAAGGACGAAGUCGCCCACACGCUCACAGAAAGCCGAGUCUUAAAAAACACUCGGCAUCCGUUCCUGACGUCUCUCAAGUACUCCUUCCAGACCAAGGACCGCCUCUGCUUCGUCAUGGAGUACGUCAACGGAGGAGAGCUCUUUUUCCACCUGUCGCGGGAACGAGUGUUUUCCGAGGACCGCACGCGUUUCUACGGCGCCGAGAUCGUCUCCGCUCUGGACUACCUGCAUUCGGCCAAGAUCGUCUACCGGGACCUCAAGCUGGAGAACCUGAUGUUGGACAAAGACGGACACAUCAAGAUCACCGACUUCGGCCUGUGCAAAGAAGGCAUCACCGACACGGCCACCAUGAAGACGUUCUGCGGCACGCCUGAGUAUCUGGCGCCUGAGGUGUUGGAGGACAACGACUACGGCCGGGCGGUGGACUGGUGGGGCUUGGGCGUGGUGACGUACGAGAUGAUGUGCGGCCGGCUGCCCUUCUACAACCAGGACCACGAGAAGCUCUUUGAGCUCAUCCUCAUGGAAGAGAUCAAGUUCCCGCGCACGCUGUCGGCCGACGCCAAGUCGCUGCUCUCCGGCCUCCUCAUCAAGGACCCCAACAAGCGGCUGGGCGGGGGACCGGACGACGCCAAGGAGAUCAUGCGACACAGUUUCUUUGUCACCGUCGACUGGCAGGACGUCUACGACAAGAAGAUGGUCCCGCCCUUCCAGCCUCAGGUGAGCUCCGAGACGGACACGCGCUACUUCGACGAAGAGUUCACGGCGCAGACCAUCACCAUCACGCCACCGGAGAAAUACGACGAGGACGGCAUGGACGCCGCGGACAACGAGCGGCGGCCUCACUUCCCGCAGUUCUCCUACUCGGCCAGCGGGCGGGAGUGAGCGCCCGCCUCUCGUCCCGACCCGAACCCUGCCCUAAAACCACCCCGCCUGCCUCCUUUCCACCGGCGGCCAUUUUGAGGAAAACACGUAGCCAUUUUAGGGAAAACCAGUACCAGUUGUCCUCUCUGUUGUCCGGGCGGGCGGACGGACGGACGGAAGUCGGGAAGUCUCUCGGUGGACUUUAAAGAGUUUUUUUGCACAGUGGGCUGGCUCGCACCCACGCUAAACAGGAGUUGGCCCCAUUUUUCUGCAGGAGGCCAACUUUGUUCGUAUUUAUUUUUCUCUCCGUCUCAGUAUUACCCACCAUCUUCACGGCCAUCUUGUCCUCCUCGUCCUUGUGGUGAUGAUCGCCCCCCCCCUAUUUUUUUCCCCUUUAUUGCACUUGCGUCGGAAGCCGAAAAUGACGACGAGACGCGUUUUUCUUAUUUUCCCGGGAACAAAGCACCAAAAAACGUUGCCUUACGUGUGCCCACCCUCACCACCGUCGCAUCCGCACGCUUUUCGCUUUGUUUUGCUUUGCUCUGCUCGAGACUAACGCGCAUGACUCCCGGUUCGCCCCGACCGUACCGCACGCCAAAACCACAUUUCCGUUUGUCGUCAUCGCCGCGGGAAUGCUUUCGCUAACGGGGGACGAGCGUUCCUCUCAUCGUUGCUGCUGUGUGACCAUCCCCCCCCCCCCCUCUCACGUGUGCACACGUGCGUACACACACGAUGAGUCAUGCGCACAAAUGUACACGACAACGCGCACGCAGACACACACAGGAAUGUACACGCGUACACACAUACAGACAUGCCAACAUACACGGUUGCGCAGAUACACACAGUACAUGCAGAUACACACAUGUACACGUGGCUACACAAACGUGUAGUUAAACACAUGCAAGACGCCUGUGUUUGAUUGAUGAAAUGCUAAUGUGCUAACGCUAGCAGGGAGGCAUGUUUGGGGCGCGCUUGAUUUAAGUUGAACCCAGCAGCCUCUCGCCCGCAACGACAGUAUGGAUUUCUACCGCGUUAGUGUAGCGAGGAGGCGCUCCAUUUGGCUCGGCCCGGGACCCGACGCGUUUUUUCAGCGCCAAAACUCAGGAGUUGUGCGUCUAGUCUGCCGGAAUCCCUAUCGUUUGUUAUUUUUCAAGGUUAACAAGUUAACGUUAGCGGCAAAACGAAAAAAAAAAAGGAAAUGAAAUAAGGAAUCGUUACGUUUGCAGAAAAGUGGCGAGUUGGCGCCACGCUUGUUUGUUUCGUUCCCAAACACACACACACACACAGACGGGACUUGUGGUCGUUUCAUUCCGAGGGCGACCAAUCACUUUGAGUGCAAAUGACGCUUCCAGACGCAGAACUCUUGUCUCAUUCCAGAAACAUUCCCGUGAAAUGGCACCGCCCAGUGUCAUGUACAUAGUUAUGCAAUACGCUCUCUCUUGUCCUUUUUUUUUUUGUAACCUGUCUGUCGCCAUGGGGAUGGACCUCACCCCCGUCCCAUCUCCUCCUCCGUUGCCAUGCUGUUGCUGCCAGCGACCAAGAGGUUGAAAGAUUCAAAAAGAAAAAGAAGUGGCGGCUUUUUUUUUUUUUUUUAGUUCCCCCGCGGGUUUUCGCCAUCCUCUCUUGAGUCCCUUUCCUGUUUUUCUUCUUUCAUUUGUUGAGCUGGUAAAAAAAUGAAAAGCACCUCUGUCAAAGUUGCUGGAUGCUGAAGAUGACGAUGGGUUCAUUAACUGAAGUCUUUCUUUUUCCUUUUAGUUUUGUUUUUGAAUGGUUUGUUUUUGUUUUCUUACCAAAACGUUAGAGCAAGAACCCAGUGUUGGACUUGCUUUGCUGUGCUAGUAUUUAUUUUCAAUUAAAUUAAAACAAAUACAUUUCA